AUGUCCGCCGACGAAAGAAACCAUGCCCAAGAGCUCGAGGAGCUAAUUGAGCAGCUCUCUGCGAUGCCUGACCGCGAGCAAGUCGCUGCAGAGCUCGGAGCUCUCCAGUCGAUCUACGGCGAGGGGGUCUUGAAGAUCUGGCUACCCGAUGGCAACAAUGCCAGCCCACGGAAAGGUAGCCUAGAUGAAUCCCUGCGCUUCGAAAUCACGCUAGGCCUCUUGCCGCCGCACGAAGAAAUAACCGUCCACAUUCUAAUAUCCCUGCCACCAACAUACCCAUCCACAUCGCCUCCCCAGCUUCAGCUCCUUUCUCGGUACAUCGGUGCUUUCGGUGCAGACUCCAACCUCUUCGGCGCCAUCCUCCGUGUCUACAUCUCCGUCAACGGUGUGGAAUGGGCGGCGGACUCCAUCUGCGUGUUUGAUGGUUUACAACGCAUGUUGGAGCUGUGCACGGAAUGGUACGAUGAGAAACUGACCAACUAUGCGAUAGGCCAGGUCAUCCGCGAUGCUGCGGAGGAAACCAACAAUUCGAAGGCCACAACCUCUACAGCAUUCCUUAAUUCCGACACGGACGAGAGUCACCGCGCUCCUACUGUAACUGCUGCGCCAACUUUCGGCAUACCCGAAGGGAUCCAGAUAUUCGAAGCCGAACCCAUAACAGACCGCAAAAGCGCAUUUGUAGGACGCGCCUGCCGAAUAUCCCACCCGUCUCAAGUGCCCCUCAUCCUCUCCCACCUGAUGUCAGAUCGAAAAAUCUCUCGUGCUGCGCAUCCUAUCAUCAACGCUUGGCGUUGUCAUGUAGGCAACGUGCUCCAUCAAGAUAACGACGACGACGGGGAGACAGCUGCUGGUGGGCGGCUCGCCCACUUGCUACAAAUUCUUGAUGUUGACAACGUACUCAUCAUUGUCACUCGCUACUUCGGAGGGAUACAUCUCGGGCCAGACAGGUUCAAGCAUAUCAAUCAAGCUGCCCGUAAUGCUUUAGACAUAGGCGGAAUCCUGGAUGCCCCGGACACGAAAAAGGCCACAGGUAGUAGAGCAAAGAAGCGAUGA